AUGGCCGAGCCAUCGGAUGAGUUGGAUGACAUCGACGAGUUCGACGACUUUGGCAUCGAUGACUUGGACGACUCAGCCUUGCUCCAGCUCGACCAGAUCGAGACGACGCUCUUCAGCAAUGGUUCCGCUCAGCAUUUCAAGUCCGCAAUCAAUGCGGCUGCAUCAUCGUCACGCAACCUUUCCACCUCCGAUGCAUCGAAUGGCAGAGCAGGUGGUGCGGGCCUACAACCUACCGCCGCCAAUGGCUCUUCUUCCUCGUGGAUGAACAAGGCAGGUCCGUCAGCAGCUGCAUCCACUUCCGCACGACCGAUGCAGCGGGUAGCUUCCGCAAGUUCAACUACAUCAACUCAACCCGCAUCUUCCGGAGCCGCUCGACAGAUGACCCUCUUCGGAAAUCCCACCAACCCUACCCAAUCCAAAGUCGCCUCCAAAGUGGUCACAUCCAGCCCGGGCCACAUCACCAUCUCCUCACAGUUCGCACCCACUCCAGCCAAUGGUGGAAAUGACAAUACGAGUACAACACAAAGCGUGCGACCACCAUGGCAAAACAAGGUUGGCACCAAGACAUGGGACAGAGAGGCUUAUCUCCACCGCGAGAGUGCUAAGAGCAAGGUGAAGGACGAGUUUGGCAGAGCCACUGAUGUUGAUGCGCUCGAGUUUGAGGAUGGUGAAUUUGGGAGUCUGCCCAGUGGAUCAGGCAAGGGCAAAGGCAAAGCCGACUGGGACAAGGACAGCAAGUACGAGAACGUGCUUCCACCCUCACCUAAGAAUGCUCGACGUAAUCGUCCGCUUCCGCAGCCGCAGAAGUGCAAAAUCGACGUCGAAGCUGCCAAGACAUGGAUCUAUCCUACCAACAUGGAGAAGCGAGACUAUCAGUACAACAUCGUUCAGAAAGCGCUCUUCAACAAUGUGCUUGUCGCGUUGCCCACCGGUCUAGGUAAGACGUUCAUCGCUGCCGUGGUGAUCCUCAACUUCUUCCGCUGGUUCCCAGAGGGCAAGAUCCUCUUCCUUGCCCCCUCGCGUCCGCUGGUGGACCAGCAAAAGGUCGCUUGUCACAAGAUCUGCGGUCUACCUUGGGAUUGUGCGAUCGACUUGACCGGUCAAACCUCUAUCAAAAGACGAGGGUACUUCUGGCAGAGCAAGCGUAUCUUCUAUAUGACUCCGCAGACGUUGGAGAACGACAUCCACUACGACAGAUGCGAUCCACUUGACGUUGUCUGUGUGGUUGUUGACGAGGCGCACAGGGCUCGCGGCAAGUACGCCUACGGUAACGCCAUCGGCAUGCUGAUGGAAGUCAACCCGCACUUCCGCGUGUUGGCUCUUUCCGCCACUCCAGGCAAAGACUCGGUCAGUGUACAAGAGGUGGUUGAUCAGCUUCAUAUCAACCAGAUCGAGAUUCGUACCGAAGAAGCCAUCGAUGUUCAACGCUACAUGUUCCGCAAGCGCGAAGAGAUCGUCAAUGUCACCCUCGGCAGAGACCUCAACAAGGUCAAAGACAACUGGGCCAAACUCAUGAUGACCCAGAUGGAUCCGCUCAUGAAAGCCGGUCUCAUCCGCAACCAGGACCCGGUCUUCCUCCACCCCUUCGCGGUCAAUCGGAUCUACAAGGACCCAAAUCGUGCCGCCAUCAUCGCUAGCAAACCCUAUCUGCGAGCCAAUAUCUCCGAGCUCGCUGCGAUGGCCCUCUCCAUGCAAUAUCUCAUGGAACAGUCCCCCACCAUGUUCUAUAGCCGUCUCAAGGAGCGCUCCAUGGGGAUGAACGACAAGGGCAAGAAGACGUCCAGCACCAAGCAGCAGAUCUACGCAAACAUCAACACGACCUUCAAGGAGAUCAUGCGCGAACUCGAGCUCAUGCAAGACAACAAGGGUCGCAUCCUCCAUCCUAAGAUGAUUAAAUUGCGCAAUGUGCUCAUCGAACACUUCGACAGCUUCAAAGCGGAACAGUUGCAGAAUGCAGAAGCUUACGCCGAGAGCGGACAUGACGUGUUUGGUAACACGCCCAAGUCGGGCGAGUUGGCCAACUUCACCAACUCCUCACAGGCUGACACUAGGGUGAUGGUCUUCUGCUCGUAUCGCGAGUGUGUGGACGAGAUCGUCAGCUAUCUCAACGAUUCGGGCUUCAAGGCGACCGAGUUUGUUGGACAAAGCAAGGGCAAGAGUGGCAAGAAGGGCAUGUCGCAAAAGGAUCAGGAGCGAGUGAUUGCCGAUUUCAAGGUGGGCAAGUACAACGUGCUUGUAGCCACGUCUAUUGGCGAAGAGGGUCUUGAUAUUGGUUCAGUGGAUCUGACGGCGUGUUACGAGGCGGUCAAGGACUCGAUCCGUAUGCUGCAGCGCAUCGGUCGAACAGGGCGAAAGCGAGAAGGAAAGAUCGUGGUGCUGAUGUCGGAAGGUCGCGAACAGCACAAUUGGCAGCAUUCAAAGGAUAACUACAAAGCAGUGCAGAAGGAAGUCGACUCGCGUCUCUACGUCGAGCUCUUCGACGAUGUUGACCGAAUGGUGCCGGAGGGCAUUUUGCCUCAGCCUGUCCUCAAAGAAGUCGAACAGCCCGAGUUCGACCCUUCAAUGGUCAGCGAUGGCAAGACCACCGCCAGGACCACUCGGGCAAAGAAAGACCCGAAGCCUAAAAAGGAUCCCAAACGCAACAUGCCAGAAGGCAUAAGCAUCAUUGAAGGGUUCCGCAAAGCCUCGACUCUCACUAAACGCAAGCAACGUACUGAUAGCGACAAUUUGGAUCAGAGCGAUCUGGGCGUCCCACCUUCGAACGAGACGCACAGCCAGAGGGUGCGACGUCUCCUCACUCUGCCGGACGACGACUUUGAAGAGUACGAGAAGGAGAACCUCUCACUCAGGCUACGCUCCGACAAAGGUAGAGACAAAUCGACACCGAAACGUAUCGCUCCGUCGCCACCUAGCUCGCCAGAGUUGUCGCCUCCGCUCAGACUACGCAGUACACUCUCGCGUUCUACUGGCAGCUCAGGUGUUAGGACUCCAGUGGUGCUGUCUGACGGCAUAGAGACACCACCCGUUUCUAGCACCUCGUCUUCUUCGCGACCUCUUGCAGCUGCUAUACCUAGCACACGAGGUCGAAAGCUUGGUGUGGGACUGCGUAGUUCCGGCCGCACCUCGACAAUUUCAGGCACACUCGCGUUGCGCAAGAGCAGCGAUAUUGACCCCUCCAACAGCAAUGGUCCUAGCACCAGCAGCAGCAUAAACAAGAGCCUCGUCGAAGCACGAUCGCCAAGCACAAGAGGUAUCGCAACUGCAGUGCCGACCAGCGACGACGAUGACUUUGACGAGUUCGACGACGACUUGCCGAUGGACAUGUCAUUCGAGAGAGAGCUAUCACGCGCUGAGGCCGAGGCAGCAGCCAAAGCCCAAGUAGCUGCAAAGUCGCACAUCGACAAAAAUCUGCUCAAUCCUCCUUUGAUCAAAAUGGAUGUCGAUGAAGAGGUGGCUGCUGCAAACAACCUCGAGCCGAUGCUGCUGUCACCCCCGACACCUCCUCCGCAGACACGAGCUCGGGGCAAACCUCAUCCGAUCAUGGCUCAGCUCAUGGCGGAAGAGGCCGAGAAGCAAGGAAAGCGAAAGAGGGAAGAAGGCGAAUCCGCCGACAUCAAAGCAGACCAGCCUCGAACCAUACAAAAGCUGCUCGAGUCACCGAUGAAGAGCUCGAUGGGUCCUCCCGACUCUAUUCCACGUCGUGCGGGCGGUGCUCGGGCCAAGCGUAUCAUCCCUGAAUCGUCUGACGAUGAUCCAGUCGGAUUCCGACCCGCAUCGCAUCUCAAGAUGGAAGUCGAACAGGACCCAUCAUCGUCUUCGCCAGUCAAGGCACCCACCAAACGCAAAGGUCGACUACAGAAAGCUUCUUCCAUCCCCUCCGAGGCUGCUGCUACAGAUGCAGACACGAGUCCCACAGCAGCCAAAGGCAAAGGUCGAGCUCGAGCGCGGGUACGCAUUGCCGAAGAUGACGAAGACGAGGAAAACCCCACAGUGGGAAGCAAAGACGCAGCAAGCCCCAAGAAGACCAAGAAAGGCAGCAAGACAGGUAAGAAAAGUUCCCGAGCUGCAAUAGAAGGAGGUAAGAAAAAGCGUAAGAUUACCAACUCACCCACUUCGCGAGCUCUCUUCCAGUACGAGGCGGAUCGGUCUACGGACGAAGAAGUGCACGGGGAGCGAGACGAGCACGAUUCUGGACUUGGAUCAUCUGAUGAAGACGAUUCGGAUCGAGAAGCUGUGGGAGAUUUCAUGCCGACCCAAGCGCCGAGGGGUUAUCAUCAGCAGAGUAUUUAUUUGCAGUCGAUGAUGUCGCAACGUGCGCCGCCGGAGUUUCAGCGGUUGCGACACGCGCCGUUCCCAGGAGUGGGUGGGAGGUUUGGGGAGCCGGUGACACCAAAAAGGAGAGCAGAGGUGCGGAGGGCGAUACAGCAGGCUCCUUCGAGUGAGUCCAGGAGGGGAGGAGGGAUGGGGUCGGAGGAUAUGUACUCCGAGGACUCGUUUGUGGUGAAUGAUGAGGAGGAGAUCGUGUAUGAUUCGGGAUCGGAUGCGUUGCCGGACAGCAGUCAGUUUUGA